AUGUUAACGACAGAAACUUCCAAAGGUAGCCUACCUUCAUUUGAUACGACUAUGCAGAUGUGUAUUGACAUUUCGCAGCCAUUACCAGCACCAUCACCGAAAUCACAGCAGAAGAAGUCAAGCAAAAUAGUGGAGCGAAAGCCGUACCAAGUAGCUAUUGCAACGCAACAUGCCAUGGGGUUUCAAUUCAAACGAGUGCGAGGAUGGAGACAGCCUGUCAAAACUUCCAUGAUGAUUAAAAGCAGGGUCAAGGCAACACAAGCGAGAAUUGAUAAAUUUCAACAAUACAGAGCACAAUUAGAUAUGAUCAGAGGAGAGCGUCUGUUUCUACAAUAUCUAAAUUGUCUGCCUCGGGACAAUCUCAAUGAAUAUGAGUAUAACAUCAAGAUGGCAAUGACAGCUUACAAUAUUAACGAUACCCUACGAAAAACAACUUCAUAUAUCAUUCCUGACGAUGAAUUAUAA